CACCUGGGCAGCGUUUUACUAACAUUGCGUAAGUUUUUACGUAAGAAUUAUCGUAACUUUACGCUUACGUUUAAACUUACGUAAAUCGUAAGAGCGUUUCACAAAACUUCCGUAAGUUUUUCCGUAGACUUACGUUAAAAUAUUUCGUAACUCUUCAAAUGGAGGUUUGAGAACUCUUCACUAUGGGAGGCGUUGCGGGAAUCAAUGUCAAAAUACACUGUCGUCUGUCAAAAUGGAAACUGUCAACGUCAAACGUGCGAGAAAGUUGAAUUGGUCCCAGGCUGAAGUCGAUGAACUACGAAAUUCAUACUUGGAGUUUCGUAGUGUCAUCGAUGGACGCCUGGGAGUCACUCUCACUAAUUACCAGAAAGAGCAGACAUGGAG